AUGCUUAAUGAUAAAUGCCUUGAUCCCAAUACUACAGCCCGAGUAGAUAAGGAACAUUGCGUCCGUUUAUUUACGGAGGCCCCAGAAACAAAAGAAGACAUUCCUUUUAUGGAUCUUGAAGCUAUUGACCUAUCUAGAUUUGUGUAUGGCUCUGAAGGUCUAGCAGAACGUCAGAAUCUCGCAAAACAGCUCGAAGGUGCUUUGACUGCGCAUGGGUUUUUCAAAUUGGUUGGUCAUGGAGUUGCAAAAGAGGAACUUGACAGGAUGAAAUCAAUCGGUCAAGGAAUUUUCGAAUUGGAUGAAUCCAUCAAAAAAAAGUUUCUUGCUGGUGAGCAUAAUAUCCCUGAGGAAAAGGAUAAGGAAUUAGGAAUAAUUAGAGGAAGUGGAUUCAAACCAAAAGGAUACUGGGAAUACUUGAAUGGUAAGCAUGACGUUGUAGAAUUUUUCAACGUUCGUCACUUUAACCAUGAUGAUUAUUUUUUCAACAAGAUAAAGUAUCCUGAAUUUGUGAAGUAUCAUCUCAAUGAAAUAUCUUCCUAUUUUAAAUAUCUACAUUUCCAAGUAUUGCGCAAACUUUUGAAUCUUAUUGAUAUCAUUUUAGAAAUUCCCGAGGGUUAUCUUUGGGAAAAUCAUUUCAAAGUUUAUGAAAAUGACUUGAUAAGAUCUGGUGGUGGAGUUGGAAGAUUUUUAAUGUAUCACGAGCUGGAUAAAGACUACAAAGAAAAAACCCACGGAACUUGGAUGAGAGGCCAUAGUGACGCCACUGCUUUAACAUUUAUCAUUUCUCAACCAAUCGCUUCCUUGCAAAUCAGAGACCAUAACACAGGCGAAUGGAAAUAUGUGUCCCAUACAAAUGAUUCGCUUGUAGUGAACAUUGGCGAUGCUUUUAAAUUUUUAAGUGGAUCAUAUUUCAAAUCUUCACUUCAUCGUGUUGUAACCCCUCCUGAUGAUCAAGCAAAGUAUAAAAGGAAUACUGUUAUUUAUUUUUGCAAUCCAUCGUUAACCACUGUCCUUGAUCCUUGGGCCAUUGAUUCACCAAAAUUAAAAAGAUUGGGGUAUGUCGAAGCUUUUGAGGGUGAGAGAUUAACAUUUGGUCAAUGGGAUGAAGCAAAGGGGUCAUUUUUCAAUAAAAAACAUAUAAGAACUUCAAAAGAAGUUAAUAUUUUGGGAAGAUCAACUUUAAUGAGCUAUAUUGAGGAGGUCCCUAAAGAAAUGGUAAACACUUGA